GGUCUCCUUGGCGGCGGUGUGAGGCCCUGACGGGGAGCCGGAUUUUCCCGUCGAUGGCGGCGUCCCGAGCGGCGUCCACGCCCGCAAAAGCCUCCAGAAUGCCGGAGGAUAAUCCCGUCAUGGUGGUGAAGAAGGCCCACAUCUUUUACGGCAGUUUGGAAGAAAAGGAGAGGGAGCGCCUUGCCAAGGGGGAGUCCGGAUUGUUGGGGAAAGAAGGUGUAAAAGCAGCAAUUGAGGCAGGAAAUAUUAAUAUAACCACUGGGGAGGUCUUUGAAAUCGAAGAGCACAUCAGUGAGCGGCAGGCUGAAGUGCUGGCCGAGUUUGAGCGCCGGAAGCGGGCCCGGCAGAUCAACGUCUCCACCGAUGACUCGGAAGUCAAGGCUUGCCUGCGAGCCCUCGGGGAGCCCAUCACGCUCUUUGGAGAAGGCCCCGCCGAGAGGAGAGAGAGGUUAAGAAACAUCCUCUCAGUAGUUGGAACCGAUGCCUUAAAAAAGACCAAAAAGGAUGACGAAAAGUCUAAGAAGUCCCGAGAAGAGUAUCAACAGACUUGGUACCACGAAGGGCCCAACAGCCUGAAGACUGCCAGACUCUGGAUUGCCAAUUAUUCGCUGCCCAGGGCAAUGAAACGCUUGGAAGAAGCCCGUCUCCACAAAGAGAUUCCAGAGACGUCUAGGACUUCCCAGAAACAAGAGCUACACAAAGCCCUUCGGUCUCUGAACAAUUUCUGCAGCCAGAUCGGAGAUGAUCGACCCAUCUCGUACUGUCACUUCAGUCCCAACUCCAAAAUGCUGGCCACCGCUUGCUGGAGCGGGCUUUGCAAGCUCUGGUCCAUUCCCGAUUGCAACCUGAUUCACACGCUGAGAGGGCACAACACAAACGUGGGAGCUGUCGUAUUCCACCCAAAGGCCACCGUCUCUCUGGAUAAAAAAGACGUCAACCUGGCCUCUUGUGCAGCUGAUGGGUCGGUGAAGCUCUGGAGCCUGGACAGUGACGAACCUGUGGCAGACAUUGAAGGCCACACAGUGCGUGUGGCCCGGGUGAUGUGGCAUCCAUCGGGACGUUUCCUUGGCACCACCUGCUAUGACCACUCCUGGCGCCUGUGGGACCUGGAGGCCCAGGAGGAGAUCCUACACCAAGAAGGGCACAGCAUGGGCGUGUAUGACAUCGCCUUCCACCAGGAUGGUUCUCUGGCGGGCACUGGGUCUGCCCACACUGAGAUGUCGCUGUGCUUCUCAGACGUCCCUGGGCAGUGUGGUGGUCUGGUCGGGACCUUCUUCUCCAAGGCCCAUCCAGGCCCCCUCGACGGCACUUCAGGCCUGUCCUGUGUUCUGCUCUCCAAGGCGGGAACACAGCCUUCCUCAUCCCUGAGUUGCCUGUGCGGGCUGGAUGCGUUUGGCCGGGUCUGGGACCUGCGGACUGGGCGCUGUAUCAUGUUCCUGGAGGGCCACCUGAAAGAAAUCUAUGGCAUCAACUUCUCCCCAAAUGGAUACCACAUCGCGACUGGCAGCGGGGACAACACCUGCAAAGUGUGGGACCUGCGGCAGCGGCGCUGUGUGUACACCAUCCCCGCCCACCAGAAUUUGGUCACCGGGGUCAAGUUUGAACCUAUCCACGGAAAUUUCCUCCUCACCGGAGCCUAUGAUAACACUGCCAAGGUCUGGACGCACCCCGGCUGGUCCCCGCUCAAGACCUUGGCUGGCCAUGAGGGCAAAGUGAUGGGCCUGGACAUCUCUCCGGACGGGCAGCUUAUCGCCACCUGCUCCUACGACCGGACCUUCAAGCUGUGGCUGUCGGAGUAGGCCUGGGGCCCCAACAAUCAGCGGGCUGGUGACCCUGGAGCCCCGAGGGCCCUCCUCGGCCAGCUCUGCCGGACGAAGAGAGCAGGCUGGAGUCCCGCGGGUCUUCUUCCCUGGGCAGCCAGUCGGGUCCUAUACCACCCGGCCCCCUCAGGCAGAGGCGACGUGUCUCCUCUGGGGACGACAGGAGGUGCCCGGGCAUGGACCGUAUCAAGUUUAUUUUUUUGUACGUGUUUUGUAAGCAGAUUCUCUCUGCGCCUUUUGUGGGGUGCCCUAGGCACUCCUUCCCUCUGGAACCAGCCCUCGGACUAGGAACGAGCUCUUCAAUCCCUUCUUAUAGAAUCCCUUCCAGCUGAGCCCCUGAAACACACCGGGGAGCUUCCUGGCCUGGGCUGCCGCCCUAGGACAGAUUGCAGGGGUGAGGCAGUGUGAGGGUCGGCAGUCUGGCCCCCGGCCUGGAGCCCCAGUAGUUUGCUUCCUUGCUUUUCUCUCGGGAGGAGAAGCUCAAGCAGCAGGGCCUAAUUUGCAGUUUUGUAAAACCAUCUAGCCUACUGUCUUCCAACCUUGGGGCUAGAAGAGGAAACUGCUGCUCCGGUCGUCGGCCGCCUAUCUCUCUCUCCUGGCCGAGGCAAGUCCCCUGCUCUGGGCUUCCUCUGUUCUGUCUGGUAGGCGGGCACCCGGCGGCCUCCAUGUAGCUGACCUGUUGGCUGUAAAGCGGGCAACAUCUCUCCAUUGGGGCCAGCUGGAAUCCUGAAACACCUGGCUGAGAUGGAGAAUUUGCUUAUCCUCUUGGUUCAAAACCUGCUCUGUUAACCUGGUGGGAUUGUUUUCCAAAAUGGAGGGAAAAUAACAAAUUACAGACAGGGCUACUGAACAAUAAACAGUUGCUC